CCACUUUUGAGGCUCGGACAAGUGUCGUAUUGUUCAGAUAUUAACCAGUGAAAACGGCGAGCAAUGUUUGCGUUCUGUCAAGACUUGCGGUGCGUUCAGUCCUGCGUUGUAGCACGAGGGUUUGUACGGCGCCCUUGCAACGGAGGUUAUAUUGAUUAAUCCUCAAAUCUGAUGACAUAGUUUCCCCAUAAGCCUAACCUGAAGUACUCUUGAUUUUUCCCCCCGUCACCCCUCCCUUAUCCGCAUAUUUUGUCAAUGGUAUAAAUGAGAUUUGCAGCUUGGAUAAGAGAAACAAGAAUUUGACAUUUAAGGGGGUGCCUCGUUGACAGGAGUGACAAGUGAACUAACAGGAAAUCCAUGUCAGUACUUAUGUUUGCAUUGGACCAUUAUCAAAUUUGUCACUGGCUAUCAAGAAAACAAUUUGUGUAGUUUGUGUGACCUUCCUGUCCGAUAGUACAAUGUUACUAUUUCGUUUUUCGUGGUCUGGAAACCGAAAGGUCACUAUUUAUUUACAUUCCAAUAUAGAUGUCAUAAACCACUCUGCUAUUUAUACGAUAAACAUGUCAGAGUACAUCAUUUUCUUCAUGAUAUGGUUAGCUAAAGAAGUACUUAUCAUCAAACAAAGAUGGAAACCACAACAGCAAUAGUAAAAUGCCUUUAAAAUGCAGUAUUUAGGCGAAAACAGCAGUGUCAAACUUGCGGAACGUGGACCAGAAGCGGCCCACCCGAAGGUAGAAUUCGGCCCGCGAGGUCGUUCUGCCUACAGAAUCGCAUGCUUUUAUUUUGACAUUGGUGCCAGAAAACCGGAGAUUUGUGCACUACAGAGAUCCCUCGCUACAACGCGCUUCAAACUUUGCGCCCUCAGUCGCGGAUUUUUUUUUCAAUUAGAAAUAUAAAUAGAUAAAUUAGGGCUGUGAAACGAUUAAAAUUUUUAAUCGAGUUAAUCACAACUUAAAAAUUAUUUAAUCGGAAUUAAUCGCAAUUCAAACCAUCUAUAAAAUAUGCCAUAUUUUCUGUAAAUUAUAGUUGGAAUGAAAAGAUAAGACACAAGACGGAUAUAUACAUUCAACAUACUGUACAUAAGUACUGUAUUUGUUUAUUAUAACAAUAAAUCAACAAGAUGGCAUUAAUAUUAACAUUCUGUUAAAGCGAUCCAUGGAUAGAAAGACUUGUAGUUCUUCAAAGAUAAAUGUUAGUACAAGUUAUAGAAAUUUUAUUUUAAAACCCCUCUUAAUGUUUUCGUUUUAAUAAAAUUUGUAAAAUUUUCAAUCAAAAAAAAAACAACUAUUAGCUCGCCAUUGUUGAUGUCAGUAAUUACGUAAUGCUCAGAGUGCUUAAACCCAUAAAAUCAGUCGCACCCAAGCGCCAGCAGAGGGUGAAAAAAACACCAAAAAACACAAGUAACAAGUGUACAUGACACUGUCCUGUCAUUUUAAUCUGUUUAAGCGGGGCAUGUGUGUUAAUUGCGUCAAAUAUUUUAACGUGAUUAAUUAAAAAAAAAAAAAUUACCGCCCGUUAACACGAUAAUUUUAACAGCCCUAAGAUAAUACAGUAUUUAUCUGGGUCUUUGGGCCGCACAGCCCGAACCUUUUGACCGAUCGGCACCAUUCGAAUAUCGAAAUGACCAGAAUUUUCACACGACCCAGGGAAUUUUUCGAACGACCCCAAAAAAUUUUACGUUCGCCCAUAAACGCCGAUUUUUCACCGAUUUUUUUGGGGGAAAAAAAGAGAUUUUCAAAAUGUAUCCAGUCUUACAAUUUUUGACCAAAUCGCAUAAUUUGGACAUGAAAAAUUCCAGGACGGUGAGGGGCAUACAAUUUGUACACAGAAUUUGGAAAAAUUUAUGGUUCCCCGGAAAUUUACCAAAAACUUUCCUAUUCAUUUUUAAUGGGAUGCAACGUACAAAUUUCCCAUUCACUUUCAACGGAAUUUCCAAUGGAAUUUCCAUUGCAUUGAUGCCAUUGACAGCCAUGUAUGUCGAAUCAAUUGAUGCCAAUGUACUUGGAUUCCAUUGACGCAUAUGUUAAGUCGAUGCCAUUGAUGACCAUGGACGUCCAAAUUUCCCAUUCUUUUCCAAUGGCAUUAACAUUAAAAUGAGGCCAUUUUAGUCAGAUGCCAUUCAUUAAUGGCCAUGUAUACAAAUUCUAUUGAUGCCAAUGUACUUGGAUUCCAUUGACGCAUAUGGAUGUCAAUGCCAUUGCCAAAUUUCCCAUUCAUUUUCAAUGGCAUUUACUUUGCUUAAUGCCAUUGACGGCCAUGUUUGUUGAUUCUACUGAUGCCAAUGUACUUGGAUUCCAUUGACACAAAUGUAAGUCGAUGCCUUUGACGGCCAUGGAAGUCCAAAUUUCCCAUUCAUUUUUAAUGGCAAAAAAAUAAAUGUCCCCAAAUCAACAGGAAAUGACCAGAUAUCAAUAGGUCGUGUUCCCCAAAUAUAUCUAAAUGACCUGAUAUGACCAGGACAUGUCCCCGAAAUGUCCCCAAAUCAACAGGAAGUAACCUGAUACUGUCCCCAAAAUUUCCCUAAACAAACCUAGGCGGGGCUAAGAUCUAUAUCACUAAGCUAAAAAAGCUAAAAAAAAACACAUCUUUUUCAGGGGUGCCAAUAAUUAUGGAGGGCACUGUAUGGGUGGGCAUAUCUUAUAUAUAUCUCUUUCCAAUGCUAUAUCUGAAUAAAUAUUAUUGAACGGGAAAAAAAAUGUAAAUAAGCUCCUCCUCUACUUCGCGGAUUUUCAAUUAUCAUAGGGGAGCGAAUUAUCCACAUUAACCUUGAAAAAUGAGCAGGGGUGCACAUAAGUGGUCCGCAUGCGCGCAUGCGUACUGGACGUAGACAAACGCGCUGGCCCUCAACGGGUUCCAUACGCUUUUGCGUACCGAUGGCUGACCACUGUAUUUGCGGCGGACACGAGAAAAUAACUUCUCAAAAUGUCGAUGAGGCAGGCCACACUGAGUAAUUACUUCCGUGUUCCCCCACCCCCGUCAAAAGACAGACAGACGACAGAGACGUCACCGGAGCUACCGAAAAAAGGACUUUUGCUGAAAAGUGGCUGCAGGAGGUACCGUGGCUAGAAGUAAAUGAUGCUCGCACGGAAAUGCGGUACAAAAUGUGCCGUGAGAAUCCCAAUGUCGCCGAUAAGAGCAGCGCAUUUUAUGUAGGGUCAAAGAAUUUCAGCCAUCCAAACUUUGAAAAGCACGAAAAAACAGAGAGCAUGUGGCAAUUAAGCAAACUAUCAAUGUCAGACAGCACAGUACUCGCCCUAUGGACAAGUGGCGGAAUAAAGGUAAUGAAAACAGCGCCAUGCACUGACAAACUUGUUUUUGCUCGCAUUUUACAAAGCUAAACAUGCACGUUCAAUGAGGUCUUAUGAGGAGGACAUCCCACUUUUAAAAAGGCUUGGAGUUAAUGUGGGAGCCGCAUAAUGCCCUUUAUUUUGAAUUGGUGCUUUUUAUUUCUUUACAUUUCACUUCAAAGUAAUGGCAAUUUUGUUGUGCCAGUUGAUGUUAAUCAAGCAUUAAUUGUUAAUAUAAUUAAUUAAAGUUAAUUGGCUCUAAGUAAAGCUUGUCAUAAAUUUAUCGCAUUAGGCAGGUCGGCUCUCAAGCUCAAUGAGGACCAAGUCACAUCUCCAGGUCCUCCUCUGAGAACCUGGGCAAAAAAAUUAUGUGCACCCCUGAAAAUGAGGGAUCACUGUACUGUACUUGGCUCACGGUUGUGUAGUCACAGUCACAGCCGUUCUUUCGCAACCCCCCCACCCCCGUCAAAAUGGAAUUCAUGUCUAGCGCCAUCUAUGGCAGCCAAUGAAUUAACCCUUAGAUGCACAAGUUACUGGACCCUACACUCUUCCAUAAGUGGGUAAAAAAUGACUCAUAUUAGAACCAAUGUGUUUUUUUGCCAUUUUGGUGAAGAAUAAUCACUUGUACAUUAAUUAGUAUGAUAUUUAGGGCCACGCAAGAAUGAUUUCAUGCUUGAAAUAUCUUUAUGAUUCAAUUAACAUUUUUUGGGAAAAAAAAGAAGAAAAAAAAACAAAACAGCAAUAGACUUCAUCCUUCCUUGUAUUUUAUCAUCAAUGAUGAAGAGCUCCCAUGAAUCUUUUUGGUGAGACAGCAGUGCUAAGCCCUUGUGGAGGCACCGACCGAUUUCUGAGGAUAUUGUGGCUCUGUGUUCUGCCCUGGGUGGAAGUUAAUUCUCUCUAGUAAGAGCCCUACCAACUCAUUCUGUUGGCCAUGAUUUGGACACUUUCUUCUUCAGAGGACACAUAAGUGGAAUCUUAUGAGUCAGAUUGAUCCUGUUCAGUUGGAUUUCCAGGUGGACAACGGCCACUGCCACCUGGACAAUAGUCUGGGUCCUCAUCAUCAGAAAUUUCGGACACUUGAGUCCAACCCCGUCACUGCCUCUCCAUCAUCCAACAUCUGUAGGACCAUUGUAGCUGUAAAUCUAGCACAAAUCCGAUUUUUUCGUGUUUUGAUCGAGGUCAUUUUCUUAUGUGGUUACAAUCCCAUCCGGGCCACAUUUUUCCAGAGGGUGCUACGGUAGCGCUGCAGCUGUGCAUUAGCGUUAGCGCCUAGCUUGAACGCGGCUUUUGGGGAAGGAGCGGGCUUGACAACAGUCAUAAAAAAAUAAAAUGGGUUGAGAAUUAGCCGGAUAAUGCCCGGUUUUCUCUCUGCUCCAAUGCUCCUGCGCAUGCGGGCCAGUUUGCUCAGCGCAUCUCGGACUGCGAAUUAGAGCGCAUGUGUGAUACUUGAACAUGCUCAAUGAACAAAGGUAGUAUGAACGGGUACGCCAAAAAAACAGAUAUGACAAAAAAAUCGGAAUUGUGCAUUAGGACCUGCGGUAUGAAGUAGGUUAAUUUGUUGAUAAAUAAUAAUAAAGAGUCAUGAAAGACACACACACAAAAUACUAUAUAGGCAUAAUACUUACAGUACACGUAUCAGCUCUUGCUGUGUAAAAUAAUCUUCUUAAGAGAUGUCACUUUUUACAUACCUUGUCUGUGUGGUCCACGGUAAAUUUAUUCCUGACAGCCAAAGUUGAUAAGAAUGAAAGAUUCCCAUUGGAUUCCAUAGAAAAUGCUUUUUUCACCCACUUGUGGAAGCUUAGGGUAGUAAUACAAAAAUGACAAUUUCUUCAAAUGUAUAAAAAGUUAAUCAAAAAUUGAAUGGCAUUAUAUCAAAAACAUGUUUUUUGAGGAAUACCUGGAAUAUGAAUUGAUUACAAUUUUUCAUUCCAAAGAUAUUUCAAGAAAACAACCUCACCGGGUCAUUUUUGACCCACUUAUGCAUCUAAGGGUUAACAAAGUGACCCAAAAAUGCCCCGAAAACAACAGAAAGUGACUGAAAAUCAACAGGAAACGAUGUGCCUGUAAUUUACUCAUUGGCUUCUGUUGACGGCCUUACAUGUCCAAUCUGUUUGAAGUGGGAGGGAUGGCAGGGUGGCAGCGAAUGACCAAUUAAGUCUCUUGGAAACUUUAAAACAGCGGCUAAAUCAAUUUAUUUCUCGGAAAAGACCGAUCCCAAUUUUUUGUAUGAUCGAAACUUAGCAGUUUGGUGAUGCGCCAUAAUCAUUUAUCAACACACGCGGUGCCACAAAGGUGCGCCUGGAUCAAUAUUUGUACGUGUUGAAGUCAAAUAUCCGGGCAAUUUCAAUGUUUGCUUUUGUAUGUCGGUGAUGUAAUGUUGUUCACAGUCAAACAGCGCGCACGUCAUUGUUAUUGUGUAUGUGUGUAUGUCUCUUCUGUCCAUGCUCAUCACAGGAAUGGGAAACCAUAUUGUUUCUGACCAUUACAACAAGAAGAUGCCGCUGGGUGACGACUGCCUUUCCUGGAAGAGAAAGACAUCGGAUGUGAAAGAACAAUAUGACUUCAAAGAUAUCCUCGGAACGGGAGCCUUCUCUGAGGUGGUCCUGGCUGAAGAGAAGAGGACCCAAAGGUUGGUGGCCAUCAAGUGCAUCCCCAAGAAGGCGUUAGAGGGCAAGGAAAACAGCAUUGAGAAUGAGAUCGCAGUGUUGCACAAGAUUAAACAUGCCAACAUUGUGACUCUGGAAGAAAUAUUUGAGAGUAAAUCACACCUCUACCUUGUCAUGCAAUUGGUGUCUGGUGGGGAAUUGUUUGACCGCAUCAUCGAGAAGGGCUUCUACACAGAGAAAGAUGCCAGUAAGCUCAUUCAGCAGAUUCUGGACGCCGUCAAAUACCUCCAUGACAUGGGAAUCGUGCACCGAGACCUCAAGCCGGAGAAUUUGCUCUACUACAGCAUGGACGAAGACUCCAAAAUCAUGAUCAGCGACUUUGGUCUGUCCAAAAUCGAAGGCUCUGGGAGUGUGAUGUCCACAGCCUGCGGAACUCCUGGAUAUGUUGCCCCUGAGGUUCUGGCCCAGAAGCCCUACAGUAAGGCAGUGGACUGCUGGUCUAUUGGAGUCAUAGCCUACAUUCUAUUGUGCGGUUAUCCUCCAUUCUACGACGAAAACGAUGCCAAACUGUUCGAGCAGAUCCUGAAGGCAGAAUACGAGUUUGAUUCACCGUACUGGGAUGACAUCUCGGAUUCUGCUAAAGACUUUAUAGUCCACCUGAUGGAGAAAGACCCCAAUGUCCGUUACUCUUGCGAUCAGGCCCUGCAGCACCCAUGGAUUGCUGGAGAUACUGCUCUGGAUAAGAACAUCCACGAGUCUGUCAGUGAACAGAUCAAGAAGAAUUUUGCCAAAAGCAAAUGGAAGCAAGCAUUCAAUGCGACGGCGGUGGUCCGUCACAUGAGGCGUCUUCAGCUAGGCACCAACAACGAAGGACCCAACCAAGAGACUCUGACAAGUGAAGAUCAACUGAUGCUUCCGGGAGAGGACCCGCAACUCACGGAAUCUUGCGGCGAGGCGGGCAGCUCCCAGCAGCUAGAAGGAGCAGGCGCCGACCCUCUUUCCAACUGUAGCUACCACUGCCACCCGACGAGCCGGGUGUGAGCUCGGUGCCGCUUCGCUGCCUCGCCGACCCAAGUGAUUUUUUUUUUUCCAUUUUGAAACCCCCUCGGUGAAAACCGGAGGUAGCAACUCCCUCACCCCCUCUAACGUCCGGUUGGGAAUGAGGCGUUGUUCCGACUUCUCGCCUGCAGGGGGAGGGGCAAGUCUGUCCAGUCUGGGAAGGAAAGCGAUUCGGAUUCCGAAAAUGGGAAAGUAGUGAUUAUGAUGACCGGGCAGGUACUUUGCGCUAAGGAGGAUGGUUUAUUUCCAAAGCAGGGCAGAGCCGAGACUAUUAUUUUGACGCGGCCCGUGUUUGCUGUCGUUGCUCUUUGUUUUGUGUUAUCUGUGCAUGAUCAAAAGAGAGCGUCCCUGAGCAUGUUUUGCGGAGGACUCAGUGCCAUAAGCCGAGAUCUUUUUGCAGUCUUUUGAAUGUAACGCUCCGCUCUUUAUAUUACUGCAAAUGGACCUUUAUGCAAAACUCCCUCUGUUCCUAUGUAGCCUUUUAUGACAUGGCGUAUAAAUAUAUAUAUGGUGUUUUAGUGCGGCUGCGGAAAAGGCUUCCUUUUCUUUUGACCUCUUGAACCACGUGAGCACAGGGAUCUUAAUCUUUGUCUAUGGUGCCUUUAGGGUUUACUCAAUGAUGGGUUUAUUUUGGGUGGGGAUCUCUUGGUGUUUUAUAUUGAUGUUUUGUUUCUCUUUCGAUUAAAUGGGACAACUAGCCUUUUUUGAAUCCGGGAGAAUUGUAAUCGGGCAGGUUUCGGGUCACACAAAUCUUUAGCAGCCUUUUUAAAAAGUAGUACAUUUAUUCGUCGGCUGCCGUUGAAGGUGAUGAAGGUCCAAUGCAUUGGCAGUUUCAUUCAAGUAAGAGUAGUGUUACUUCAAAAUAAUAUUACCCAAAAGCACAUGUUCCAAAAAAUUGCCAAGUACAAGCAAAAUAGUAAUCAGUGAAAAUAAUACUCGAGUAACAUUGUGACUAACUGCGUACAAUGUCAGAUUUUUUUUUUUUUUUAAAACAAUGGUAUUUUUUUUUCUCAGCACAUCAUCUAUAUCAAGGGUCCCCAAACUACGGCACACAGUUGGUCCACCCCCCUGAACAAAAAAAAAAAUUGGAGGGAAAAAAACUUUUUUUUUUUUUUUUUUUUUCCCCCCAAUAGUGCUAUUUAUUUCCUGGCUUUUUCUGUGAAGAACCCAUAGAGGGUUAUUCGGUUAUUAUCUAUUUAAUUAAUAGUGUUAUUAUUAUUUAUCAUUAUAUUAUUAUUAGGGCUGUCAAAAUGAUCGCGUUAACGGGCGGUAAUUAAUUUUUUAAAUUACUCACGUUAAAAUAUUUGACGCAAUUAACGCACAUGCCCCGCUCAGACAGAUUUAAAUAACAGUACACUGAAAUGCCGACUUGUUAAUUGUUUUAUGGAGUUUUGCCGCCCUCUGCUGGAGUUGGGUGCGACUGAUUUUUUAUAGGCUUCAGCACCUAUGAGCAUUGUGUAAGUAAUUAUUGACAUCAACAAUGGCGGGCUACUAGUUUAUUUUUUGAUUAAAAAUUUCACAAAUUUUAUUAAAACGAAAAAAUUAAGAGGGGUUGUAAUAUAUAAUUUCUAUAACUUGUACUAACGUUUAUCUUUUAAGAACUACAAGCCUUUCUAUCCAUGGAUCGCUUUAACAGAAUUUUAUAAUAAUGUUAAUGCCAUCUUAUUGACUUAUUGUUAUAAUAAACAAAUACAGUCCUUAUGUACCGUAUGUUGAAUGCAUAUAUCCAUCUUGUGUCUUAUCUUUCCAUUCCAACAAUAAUUUACAGAAAAAUAUGGCAUAUUUUAGAGAUGGUUUGAAUUGCGAUUAAUUACGAUGAAUUAAUUUGUAAGCUGUAAUUAACUCGAUUAAAAUUUUUAAUUGUUUGACAGCCCUAAUUAUUAUUUUAUUUACUUUUGUUCCGUGAAGAAUUCAGAAAGGGUUAUUUGAUUAUGGCUUUUUGAAAAACAAUAAUGCUUUACAUUUUGGCACUCCUGCAAUCGUCACACCUAUUCUGUUACAAACUGACCCCGGCCCCUCAUCAGAGAAGAGAAAAGUUUUGUGGCCCUCACAGGAAAAAGUUUGGGGACCCCUGAUCUAUAUGAACUGUUGUUGUUAUUAUACUGUACUACAAAAGAAACCUGUCCAAAGAGCAUGAGUCCCCUCUAGUGGUGAAAACAUUUCCUACCAUAAAAUUAAAAUGAUCAUAGCUCCAGUUUUCCACGUAAAAAGAUGGGUAGAGUAGUGUAAACGUUCAAUGCAUUGGCAGUUUGACUCAAGUAGCGUUUCUUCAAAAUAAAAUUGCUCAAGUAAAUGUACAAGUAAAAAUGGGUAAAAAGAAUACUCAAGUAACAUUGUAAUUGCCUGAAAUGUCUGAUAUUUUUUUAAAUAACGGUAUAUUUUUUUCCUCAGCACAUCAUCUAUAUGAACUGUUGUUAUUAUUAUUAUGCUGUAGUCGUCCAAAGAGCAUGAGUGCCCUCUAGUGGAGAAAAUAUUUCCUACCAUGAAAUUAAAACAAUCACAUCUCUGGUUUUCCGUAGUAUUCGGUGAGUACUCAAGUUAUGAGUAAAAUUGUGAGUAAAUCCAUACAAUGUCUGAUAAUCUUUUUAAACAAAGGUACAGUGGGGAGAACAGGUAUUUGAUACACUGCCAAUGGGAAACCCCAUUGGCAUGUGGCAAAAAAAUGCCACAUGCCACGUGGGAGAAUGGAUUUUGUCACAUGGCAAAAGAAAUGCCACACUGCAAAAUCCAUUUUGCCAUGUGGCGAAAAAAAAGCCACCUUGCAAAAAAAAUGCCACAUGGCAAAAAAAUGUGGCUUCAAAACAGCUGGGCCGAGAACGAAAAGUGGCAAAAUUGAUUUUGCCAUGUGGCAUUUUUUUGCCAUGUGGCCAAAUGGAUUUUGCCAUGUGGCAUUUUUUUUUUUUUUGCCAUGUGGCAUUUUUUUUGCCACGUGGCAGAAUGGAUUUUGCCAUGUGGUAAAAAAAUGCUACACGGCAAAAAAAUGCGACAAAUGGCAAAAUCCAUUUUGCCACAUGGCAAAAAAUGUGGCUUCAAAACAGCUGGGCCGAGAACGAAAAGUGGCAAAAAAUAUUUUGCCAUGUGGCAUUAUUCUGCCAUGUGGCAUUUUUUUGCCAUGUGGCAAAAUGGAUUUUGCCAUGUGGCAUUUUUUUUGCCACAUGGCAAAAUCCAUUUUGCCACAUGGCAAAAAAUGUGGCUUCAAAACAGCUGGGCCGAGAACGAAAAGUGGCAAAAUAUGUUUUUCUGGCAUGUGGCAUUUUUUUGCCAUGUGGCAAAAUGGAUUUUGCCAUGUGGCAUUUUUUUUUUUUUGCCAUGUGGCAUUUUUUUUGCCACGUGGCAGAAUGGAUUUUGCCAUGUGGUAAAAAAAUGCCACAUGGCAAAAAAAUGUGGCUUCAAAACAGCUGGGCCGAGAACGAAAAGUGGCAAAAUUGAUUUUGCCAUGUGGCAUUUUUUUGCCAUGUGGCCAAAUGGAUUUUGCCAUGUGGCAUUUUUUUUUUUUUGCCAUGUGGCAUUUUUUUUGCCACGUGGCAGAAUGGAUUUUGCCAUGUGGUAAAAAAAUGCUACACGGCAAAAAAAUGCGACAAAUGGCAAAAUCCAUUUUGCCACAUGGCAAAAAAUGUGGCUUCAAAACAGCUGGGCCGAGAACGAAAAGUGGCAAAAAAUAUUUUGCCAUGUGGCAUUAUUCUGCCAUGUGGCAUUUUUUUGCCAUGUGGCAAAA